CCCGGCCGCAUGAGAUGAGCAGCCUGCAGUCCUCACAGCCACUGUUUCCUCCUGCUCCUCCUCCUCUCUGCGCCUCUGUGUGUGUGUGUCCACUCCGGGAUUGUUGAUCACCGUGGGCUGAUCCUCCUCCGCCGCCGAGUUCACUCCACUCUGCCCCGCUGCGUGUCCCCGAGCACGAGCGAGCACCGGCCCGCCUGCCUCAGCGUGAUAGGGCCGUGAGGUUCUUCUCUUGUGUCCACCCCCUGCUGAAACUGAUCCAACUGGGCAAAUUGUGAGAAAGAGCAGAGAAACACAAAACAUGGCAGUGGCCGGGUGUCCGGAUUAUUUCCUGCAUCAUCCAAAUUAUCAGCAGGACAAUAUAGACCGGUCCUCCAAUCACAGACAAGCUGACCUCAUUGGUCCGAGCUUCCAGCAAACAGUCAAUCGGAGCUCUCCUAACCACCAAGAAGACGAUGUUGACCUCGAGGCCCUGGUUAAUGAUAUGAACUCUUCGCUGGAGAGCCUCUACUCCACCUGCAGUGGUCAGCAGACAGAGUCCACUCCACUACUGCACAACGGACAGACCACUUCCUCGCAACAACAUCACCACCAUCAUCAGCAUCACACACAACCUAUCCACCCUCGGCAGGGUCAGCACUCGAACGCACUAAGCCACGUCUCGCCGGAGCCGCCCUCCUCGUCCUCAUCCGCAGACUCGCCCCAGUCCAGCCUCCGACGGUCCCAGCCUAUGCACAUCCUCGCUGUCAGGAGGUUGCAGGAGGAGGAGUUGAGGACAUCGUCUCUCCCGGCCAUCCCCAACCCUUUCCCCGAGCUCUGCAGUCCAGCCAGCUCACCUGUCCUCAGUCCAGGGUCUCUACCUCCCGACGAACCCACCACUGGCAUUUAUAUUGUGAAGAUCUUCAGUGAAGACGGCAUGUGUAAAGUGGUGGAGAUCCCGGCCGACAUGACAGCCAGGGACCUGUGCCAGCUCCUGGUUUAUAAAAGCCAUUGUUUGGAUGACAACAGUUGGGCACUUGUUGAACACCACCCGCUGCUAGGACUAGAGCGCUGUCUAGAAGACCAUGAGCUGGUGGUUCAGGUCCAGGCCUCCAUGAGCAGCGACAGUAGGUUCCUCUUCAGGAAGAACUAUGCCAAAUAUGAAUUCUUCAGAAACCCCUUGACGUUUUUCCCGGAGCACAUGGUCGCGUGGUGCCAGGAAAGCAAUCGCACGAUUCCACCAUCCCAGCUCCUUCAGAACUUCCUCACGACCAGUAGCUGUCCAGAGAUCCAGGGGUAUCUGUACGUGAAGGAGGUGGGGAGGAAGUCGUGGAAGAAAGUUUACAUGUUCCUGCGGCGCUCGGGACUCUACUGCUCGACGAAAGGAGCCUCAAAGGAGCCCAGACAUCUACAGUUACUCGCAGACUUAGAAGAAAGCAACAUCUUCACUGUCAUCACAGGCAAAAAGUAUCACGGUGCGCCCACAGACUACGGCUUCUGUAUCAAGCCCAACAAAGCUCGAGGGGAGUUGAAAGACUUGAGGAUGCUGUGUGCCGAGGACGAGCAGGCGAGGACCUGUUGGAUGACCGCCUUCCGACUCUUUAAGUAUGGGAUUGGAUUGUAUCAGAAUUACAAGAUUCCUCAACAAAGAAAAACCUUAAUUUCACACUUCUCAGCUCCCGUGCGGAGUGUGUCGGAGAACUCCCUCGUGGCCAUGGAUUUCUCAGGGAGGAUAGGCAGGGUGAUCGACAACCCUGUGGAGGCCCAGAGUGCUGCCAUGGAGGAGGGACACGCGUGGAGGAAGAGGAGUCAACGAAUGAACAUAUUAGGCUCCCACAGUCCACUGCACCACUCCUCACUAAGCUCAGUUAUCCACAUAGCACAGCUGUGGUUUCACGGCAGGAUAUCCAGAGAAGAAUCCCAUCGCAUUAUCCACCAGCAGGGACAAGUAGAUGGGUUGUUUCUGCUGAGAGUCAGUCAGAGUAACCCCAAGGCGUUUGUGCUCACUUUGUGCCAUCACCAGAAAUUCAAACAUUUCCAGAUACUACCGUGUGAAGAGGACGGCCAGAGCUUCUUCAGCCUUGACGAUGGCGCCACCAAAUUCACCGACCUGAUUCAGCUGGUAGAGUUCUACCAGCUCAACAGAGGAGUGCUGCCUUGUAAACUCAAACACCCGUGCACCGUCGUGGCCUUAUGACAUCUCCAGAUCCUCUGACUCCGCCCCCAUCACUUGACCUGACUCUGCCUAGAACAAGCAAAGCAAAAGGAAUCGUGCUGUCGGGCGGUUCUUUGUGGUUUUUUUUUUAUCUUUAUAAGAAGCUGGUGAAUUGACUGAUGUUUCAUUGUCGUUGUUUUAUAUCGCCGUGAGUCCGCCAGAGACCGCUGACUUGUUGGAUUUCUUUUGAGUUUGCAUGGAUGUUUGAGGAGUCGGACGCGCAAACUCACCCACGCUGUCCCUCGGCCGUGAAGAGAGGGCGUAGAGGGAAUGAACACUGCCAUUGGUGUCAGCGCUGUUGCAAAAUCCACGGUCUCACUUUCCACAGUCGUCAAUAAGCUUGGACCCCAAAUCCUACCUGGAUGUUUUGAAGCGAAGUCUGUGUUUCCCUUCAACUGGACAAUCAGCAGGACAAGUCGAGCUUCGGUUAGGACCACUCUGCUCUCCUGAGAAUAAACACUUUCCUCACCGCAAACUUCUCAUCACACGUCCUCAAAGAAUGAACUGCAGAUGGAGAGGUGAUUGUUUUGCACGCACCGAACUGGGAGUGGCCUUUGACAGUGCAUGACCUUGACUUAACUGUGAGACAAUGCCGCUGCCCUCUAGUGUUGUAGGCAUGCAAGGUCCACAAUUAAGCGUGGAUGAGUUUGUCAGGUCAAAGUACCUGGAGAAAAAAAUAGUAUUUUUAUACUGGACUGCAUUCAUCAUCCUCUCAGAAAUUAAUUUGCUCAUCUCUGAAAACACAGGGUUUCUUUUCUCGUUGAUACGCGUAUGUCUUGUCAUCAAAUUCAUCUGUAUUCAUUGUUUCAUAUCAAUUUUUUGCAGUCUGGAUAUUUGAAAACCCUCUUUUCUCUGUAUAAGCUACAAUGGGGUAAAUCUGCACUUGUUAUUCUACUGCACGCGUCUAUUGUCCCGGGCAACUCUCACAAAAAGAGCAAAACCAUGGUGUCAUUCAGGGUAAUAUUACGAGUAUUAAAACAACUGUAUCCAGGAUGAGUUUUUCAAAAGAAGCCAUAUGUGGUAGUUCUAUCCAUUGUCUCUCCCUACAGGCAAUUACAUGUCUACAUAAAGCUACCUGUUGCAUCAGAUAAAGUGGGAUAGCGGAGAACGUCGUUUUUUUCUCUCCACGCUGCAGCACAGGGAAGGGUAAUCACUGGCAUUUAACACGUAACAGUCAGCAAAUGAAAGGAAACCCAAUCUUCCGUUGUUCUUUGCCAAACUUAACUACUUCAGCCGGGAGAUAGAGAGAAGGUGUCCAUCGUGGUUUCGGUGGCUCUGACUCCACACUGAUAGUUGACGCUGUGCAUUGCACGUCGCACGAUGCGGCCUUUACCUGCCUGUGAACAAACUGUAUCACACACACACACACACCCACUGCCUACUGCACACCACCUGUUUGAGAUAAACAAUCUGAAGAGAGAGCAGUUUGUCACAUAUCAGAAUUAUGAAAACAGAACGAUCGCUGCCUCUCAGGCUCCUUCACGUUUCCUCUCUGCCCGUUUCACCCAGUCUCAAUGCAUAAUGUCUUGUUUCUUUAUUCAGUUUGAGAGCAGGACUUGUUGAUUUCAUAUUCAGAUGUUGUUACGCUUGCACUCAAAGCCCAGCGCUUGCACUCCGUUUUCCUGCUCUCCAGCUUAAGCUCCUGUGCCGUUUCUGUGCGUAGGUGAACAAUCUGUUUUUGUCCAACAUGUCUGUCAAAACUCCCAAACCAAUAGAAUAUCAGGUGUAUUGCUCCUUGAUGCCCUGCUCUCAAGCUGAAAGACCACAGGAAAAAUAAAAAAUAAAGACGGGAAACCCACAUUUCUCUAGUGUAGAGCUGGAACAUUUAGGCUUCAGAGUGCAAAACUCACAGGACCUAUUAAUCCAUGUCUCUACAUUUGAGUUACUGACUCGCAGUGCAUGCUGUGACAGUAAAGAGAGCAUCAGACUGAGGGCAGAGGGUACACAACUCUUAGGUAGUUUCAGAAUACGGAUUUCAGCAAAGAUCUCUGCCACCUCAAAACUCGGGGAAGCUAUCUAAACUAAUCGUGAUCACUUGCGUCUCUCCCGUUGAAUUGGGUUCAGAAUCCCUCUUCCUAAAAUGUCUUAAGACAAACGGCAUUUUUUGUUUUUGUUUCUUCGCCUGAAAUUUCUCGUCACUCCUUUGAAAGCAGCCAUCUUUUAUUUACCUGCAGGUUUUUUUCAGGUGACCGACCAUCUGAGAUGCAGAAUAGCCGCACUAUAUCGACACUUUGCGUGGUCACCAUCUAAGAUGCAAUGACUCAAUCAUUUUUAAAGUAUUGUUGCAGCAAAAUGUAUUUAUUUAUCUGGAUGUGAUUACUUGAAAAUGUUAGAUUUCUUUUUCUCAGCGCUGUUCUGUACUGUUUUCUUUUGUUACCAUGAAAUGAUUGACCAGUGUGAUUUAUUAUUAUUUUAUUAUUUUUAUUACUGUAAUGACCUAGCAACUAUGGACUAUUUUUUUUUAAAGUUUUGAUUAUUCAGAAUUAUUUUGUCAUCAACACUUGUUAUGAAGUGAUGUUUUUUCAAAAGAACACUUGCAUCCAUAGUAUUAACAUUGUCAUUCCAAUAUAUGACAGCCCGAAUGUUGUGAAAUUGAUAACAAAAUUACUUGAGCUUCCCAAAGCAUUAAUAAUGACUAAGAUAUAUUUUCAUACCCUUUUAAUGUUUCUUUUUUUCACCCCAAUCUAUUAAAGAUAUCUUCUUUCAAGAA